AUGAAGAUGAAGAUGGGGAAAGUAGAGAUGGUUCUUGCGGUGAUGGUGCUGUUCAACAUGUCUUCUUGUUCAGCUUGGUUUGGUGACACACACAGGAACUCAAUUCUCCCAAGUCAAGCCAGGUCAUCAUCAUGUUCAAGGCUAUUGAAUCCUGCUGGCUCCUCUGUUGUGUUCCCUCUUCAUGGCAACGUUUAUCCUGUCGGGUUCUAUAAUGUUACUCUCAAUAUCGGUCAGCCAGCAAGGCCUUAUUUUCUUGAUGUGGACACAGGUAGUGAUCUCACAUGGCUCCAAUGUGAUGCCCCUUGUACCCAUUGCUCUGAGACACCCCAUCCACUCUACAGGCCUAGCAAUGACUUUGUUCCCUGCAAGGAUCCCCUUUGUGCGUCCUUGCAGCCCACUGAUGACUACAACUGUGAAAACCCUGAUCAAUGUGACUAUGAAAUUAAUUAUGCAGAUCAGUACUCAACCUUCGGUGUGCUUCUCAAUGAUGUCUACCUUCUUAACUUUACCAAUGGAGUUCAACUUAAAGUUCGGAUGGCACUGGGAUGUGGAUAUGAUCAAGUCUUUGCACCUUCUUCUUACCAUGCCUUAGAUGGAAUACUUGGCCUUGGAAGAGGAAAGACCAGCUUGAUAUCCCAGCUGAAUAGUCAGGGCUUGGUAAGAAAUGUGAUUGGACACUGUUUAAGUUCACAAGGAGGGGGGUAUAUCUUCUUUGGAAAUGCAUAUGAUUCUGCUCGAGUGACAUGGACUCCAAUUUCAUCUGUAGAUUCCAAACAUUACUCUGCAGGGCCAGCUGAACUUGUUUUUGGAGGGAGGAAAACUGGGGUUGGAAGUCUGACUGCGGUUUUUGACACUGGGAGUUCUUAUACUUACUUCAACUCUCAUGCUUACCAAGCAUUACUUUCUUGGCUGAAGAAGGAUUUAACUGGAAAGCCCCUGAAAGCAGCACCUGAUGAUCAGACUUUACCUUUCUGCUGGCACGGUAGAAGACCUUUCAAAAGCAUACGUGAAGUCAGGAAAUACUUCAAGCCCGUGGCACUUAGUUUCACCAAUGGUGGAAGAGUUAAAGCUCAAUUUGAGAUCGCUCCUGAAGCUUAUCUUAUAAUAUCAAACCUGGGAAAUGUUUGUCUGGGCAUUCUAAGCGGCUCUGAAAUAGGUUUGGAGGAACUGAACGUAAUUGGAGACAUAUCCAUGCAAGACAAAGUGAUGGUUUUCGAAAAUGAGAAGAUGUUGAUUGGUUGGGGACCUGCAGAUUGCAGCCGUGUUCCAAAGUCUAGAGAUUUCAGUAUUUGA